AUGUUACGGCAAGUGUCAUGGAUGAACUUUAGUUGUGAUUUCAGAGAACACCAUGACCAUGUCGGUCUUGGUGCAGGUUUCACAAGCACAGAGCUUGUCUGGGUGGCCUUCAUUAACAGAUUCAGAGUGCAAAGAAUUGAAAAUUAUAAAGCUUUUACCGUUUUGAGUGGAUUUAAGGCAAAACGUUGCUCACCUUCUUCACCACCACCUUCAUCAUUUUGGUCUUCUCAACCACCGCCGCCGACCUUUCACUCCCUCACCCUCUCAUCUCCUUCCUUGAAAGCCUCCCACAAUCCUCACAGCGCCUGCUUCUCUGGAACAACACCCUGCCACCCUGCCAAUGGCCGGGUGUCUCCUGCUCUUCCAACUCAACAAGCAUCACCUCAAUCGACGUCUCGAGCCCUCGGCCUCUCCGGCCAACUCUCCUCCUCCGCUCCCCAUCUCUGCCGUAUCACCACCCUCCGUGAGAUCAUUCUCAGCUACAACAACUUCUCCGGCCCUAUUCCCCCUUCCCUCUUCCACUGUCCUUCACUCACCAGCCUCCGCCUUGGCUUCAACUCCCUCUCCGGUCCCAUCCCUCCGGACGUCCUCCUCGCCACCCAUCUCACUGAGCUCGUCCUUAGCAACAACUUCCUCUCUGGCAGCAUUCCCAAACAACUCCUCCGCCUCCCCCACCUCCAACUUCUAAAUCUCCACAGUAAUAAUCUCACUGGCCCUUUACCUGACUUCCCACCUUCAUGCUCUGUUUCCAAGCUCAAUCUCAACAAAAACAUACUCUCUGGCCCUCUCCCUCCUACUCUUUCCAACUGCGUCAACCUCACCGAGUUCUUAGUUUCUUCAAACAAGCUCUCGGGUAUCAUCACUAGUGAUGCCUUUGUGGGUCUUCGGAGUCUGCAGUGCCUCUUCAUGGAAAACAAUGACUUCACCGGCGAGUUGCCGAGGAGUUUGCUUGGUCUCACUGGUUUGACAGUGCUGGUCCUUUCUAAAAACCAGUUUAAUGGCACUAUACCUGAAGCCAUUGGCCACCUUCAGUCUCUGACCGAGAUUUUCCUCUGGGGGAACAAUCUCACCGGCCCCAUUCCUCGCUCUGUAGGUACUCUUGCACUUCUGAAAACUCUGGAGCUUUCAAGUAACCAGCUUGUGGGGCCUUUACCAUCCGAGCUUGGGAACUGCAGUUCCUUGGUUGAACUUCUGCUUCAGUUUAAUCUCAUUGGAGGUCCUAUCCCACCGGAGAUUUCCAAUCUGAAGAAGCUGGAGAAGCUCUACCUCUUUGAUAACGAAUUGGAGGGAAUCAUUCCACCGCAGAUUGGAAACAUGACCAGUCUCAUCGACUUGCAGCUUUACAACAACAGCUUGAGUUUCCGGAUUCCUGCAGAGGUCGUUUACUUGAGGAACUUGAGGUAUAUGUCAUUGGCUUUCAACAAGCUUUCCGGCGAGGUGCCUGGGGAACUUGGCCGGAACUUGUCCUAUGGCUUGGUGAAGUUGGACUUGACUGGAAAUGAUUUCCAUGGGCCAAUACCUCCAUAUCUCUGUGAAGGGGGUAAACUUUAUGCUUUGGUUAUCGGGAUUAAUCGAUUCAAUGGUAGUUUUCCCACCAGCAUUGCCGGGUGUUCUUCUCUUUGGAGGUUUACUUCGAAAAACAAUCUUCUCCAUGGAAGCAUACCUGAUAAUAUGCCUGCAAAUCCUGGGAUUUCAUACAUGGACCUCAGUAAUAACUUUUUUGACGGCCAUAUUCCUUCUAUUCUUGGUUCUUGGACCAACCUUUCAAUGCUAAAUAUAUCCAAUAAUCUUCUAUCUGGGUCCAUCCCUCCUGAACUUGGCAAUCUCAAGAAACUGGGAAAGCUCUCGCUUUCUGCAAACAAACUGAAUGGAUCCAUACCUUCUGAAUUAGGCAACUGCACAGAGCUUCUGGAGUUGGUCCUUAGUAAUAACCUUCUUUCAGGGAGAAUUCCUGCGGAGAUUGUGAUCUUUUUAGAAUUGCAGCUUGGUGACAAUAUGCUUGAAGGCUCCAUUCCUUCCAGUUUAGGUAGUCUUCAGUACAUUUCCACUGCUCUCAACCUCAGUAGUAAUAGAUUGAAUGGUAGCAUUCCACCUAGUCUUGGCCAACUUCGUGGCCUGGAAGUGCUUGACCUGUCCAACAAUUUCUUGUCUGGUGAGAUCCCUUCAAGAUUGAGUGACAUGGUUGCUCUUACCUUUGUGAAUGUUUCUUCUAAUCAACUCUCUGGUAGACUACCUGAGGGCUGGAUUAAGUUUUUAAAUUCAUCACCAGCUUCAUUUUCAGGAAUGCGCAUAGCCACAUAUGUUGCAGCUGGGAGAGCACAGGAUGGUUCUUCUCAUCUUCCAUCGUCCAUUCGUAGUGUUGACUCGGUGGCAGACUUCCCUGAAGAUCUUACAUAUGAGGAUAUAUUGCGAGCUACUGAAAACUUGAGUGAGAAGUAUGUGAUUGGGAGAGGAAAACAUGGUACUGUUUACCGGACAGAGUUUGAGGCUGGAAAACUCUGGGCUGUGAAGAGGGUCGAUUUGUCACAGUCCUGUUUCAUACUUGAAAUGAAGGUUUUGAGUUCAGUGAAGCACCGAAAUCUAGUGAAGGUGGCAGGCUAUUGUGUGAAAGAUGGAUUUGGUAUGAUAAUUUAUGAGUACAUGCCUGGUGGCACUCUUUUUGAUACUCUACAUGACAGGAAAACACAAGUUGCAUUGGAUUGGGAAACCCGGCAUCGAAUUGCUUUAGGCAUAGCGCAAGGUCUUUCUUAUCUUCACCAUGAUUGUGUGCCGCGGAUAGUUCAUAGAGAUGUUAAAUCUAACAACAUACUGAUGGAUUCUGACUUGGAACCAAAGAUUGGAGACUUUGGAACAGCAAAACUAUUAGGUGAUGCAGAAUCAAGCUCAACAGUGUCUGUGGUUGUAGGAACUCUUGGUUACAUUGCUCCAGAGAUUGGAUAUUCGACCAAAGUGACAGAAAAAUCAGAUGUUUACAGCUAUGGAGUUGUUCUGUUAGAACUUCUUUGCCGGAAAUUGGCAGUGGAUCCAAAUUUUGAAGAUGGUGUUGAUAUCGUGACCUGGAUAAGAUCAAAACUAGAAAAUGCAGAUAUGUUUAGCCGUCUCUCUUUGCUUGAUGUGGAGAUGCAGUAUUGGAUGGAAGAUGAGAAAAAUAAAGCGCUCGAACUAUUGGAUUUAGCUAUUUCAUGCACCAAGGUAGCAUUUGAAGCAAGGCCUUCCAUGAGAGAAGUUGUGGGAAUGCUGAUGAAGAUGAAGGGUAGAGAAACUAAGAAGGAAGAUAAGAAGAAGACUUCUUUCUAAUGGAAGUGUGCUAUGAUAUGCAAUAGUAACAACCGCUUGAAGUCUAGUAUUGUGAUGAUAUAUAGUAUGUAAAUUCUUCAAACCAUGGGCAACUAUUUGGAUCACUGGCACUUUGACCUCAAUUGGUCACCUCUGUUCCUUCUGUUCUGAUUCACAGCGGGGCCAAUUGUUCUGCUUUGGACACUGUGUCCUUUACAGGUAAUAAUGUUGUUCCGAAUGUCUCCUUUGUAAAUUGAUUUCCAUGAUAUAUAUCACUGUAGUGUUAGAGUCAUUUGGUUUAAAUGAUUGAUGUAAUAAAUUUUUGUGUGAUGCUAAAUUCA